AUGGCAUACUAUCUUGGUUUAGACUUUGAUUAUUUUUCAGCCAUUUCUAAAAACGAUGAACAAAUUCUCCGCAAGUAUGGAUCCGCAGAUAUGAGCCCUUCUCAAAAAGCUUGUUAUUUAAGUCAUUAUUUCAUCUAUAAAGAAAUAAUUGAUAAGGGUUAUAAUAGUGCGCUAAUUUUAGAAGAUGAUGUGGACUUUGAGCUUAACAUCACUGCUAUUAUGGCUGACAUUCAUCGUGAUUUACCUGCUUCUUGGGAAACAUUAUACAUAGGUCAUUGCUUUGAACCUGUUGGUGAGCAAGUAGGAAGAAGUGCUUCUGUCCAUAGAUUGUAUAAGUCUGUAGCUCCAAUGUGUAUGCAUGCUUAUGCUGUUUCAUAUUCUGGAGUCCGUAAAUUAAUAGAACUGCUUAAUCCUAUGAUUCCGCGUGGAACAGUUGAUUUUUCUCUUAGUGUAGUAGUCAAAGAUGAGAAAGUCAAAUCAUUUGAUGUUCACCCACCUGCCAUCUCGCAAUGGAAAGCGGCUGACAACCCAUCUGAUAUUCCUACAUCACAACCAUUAGCAUAA